AUGAAUCUCAUGUUGUCAGUCGAGUCUGGGGACAAUGACGCCUUCUACAGGAUACAGCGAGCUGAUCGGGGGAUCGUCUACGUCGCCGUCUUUGGUGAAGACUUUCUUCCCGGGCACGCCCGUAACCACGGCCCCACGGUCCUGGCUGAACUGGAGAAACUGGACGGGUGGAACACGCCCUGGACGACCCUCACGAUCCAUGUGGGCAAGGGAACGACGCGCUGCGACCUCGACAAGACCCCUGUCCCCUCCGUUCCCAAGACGUAUCUUCUCGACGACUACCCCGUCUACCGCUUUGAAAGCCUCCGCCUUGUUCGCAAGCACAAGUCGCGCACCUCCGAGGUCGAGAUCGACGGCAAUGUGUACUUUCUCAAGAUUGCACACUGCCCUGUCACCGCCAAGCUCGUCGGCUAUGUGUACGAGAUACACGCGGACCGCGUCAUUGGCUUCUUGACGGGAAAGCUCGAGGGGCGCGUUCCCAAUCUCGGCGAUCUGGAGGCGUGCAAGACCGCGCUCGAUACCCUUCACCACUACCUGAUCCAUGGCGACCUUGUCAAGUACAACAUUGUGGUAACGCAGCAAGGACCCAAAUUUAUCGAUUUUGAGGAUUCGGUGCUUCAGGGUACAGAUACCUGGAGCAGCAGUGCCCGAGACGCGGAGAGGAAGAUUCUAGAAGCUAAACUAGUCGACGAGUCGGGAGCCGGCCGUCCUUGGUAG